CCUGACCGAAUCCUCACCCUUUUUCUCUUUUGGGAUAAGAUCGCGUUUCGCGGCUUUUUUUUCUCCCUCCCUCUCUCUCUGCUAGUCGAUUUCGCCUUCCUCAGCUUCCUUCUCUCGAUCUGGACUGGUGCUUAUUUGAGAUAUUCAGGUUCAUUUCUUAAGGAAGCUUCAUGGCCAGCAAGCGAAUUCAGAAGGAACUUCAGGAUCUGCAGAGAGAUCCUCCAACGUCUUGCAGUGCAGGACCUGUUGGGGAGGACCUUUUCCACUGGCAGGCAACAAUCAUGGGUCCUGCCGAUAGCCCCUAUGCAGGAGGCGUAUUCUUUGUCAUGAUCCAUUUCCCUCCUGAUUAUCCAUUCAAGCCUCCCAAAGUCAACUUCCAGACCAAGGUCUACCACCCAAACAUAAAUUCCAAUGGCAGCAUCUGCCUCGAUAUCCUUAAAGAGCAAUGGAGCCCGGCUCUGACCAUAUCAAAGGUCCUCCUCUCGAUCUGUUCCCUCCUCACCGACCCCAACCCAGACGAUCCGCUCGUUCCUGAGAUCGCUCACAUCUACAAAAACCAGACAAGCCGAUAUGAGGAAACAGCGAGGGCAUGGACCCAGAAAUAUGCCAUGAACUGACAGGAUUUCCUGAAAGGAAAGAGAAGGAAACCCCAAAAAACUUUACAGAAGAGUGCAGAACAAAUGAAAAGCUAUACCAAUGUGUAUAAUGUGGUUGGAUUUUUGUACAUUACUACUGCUGUUGUGAUGGGAUGUGGAGCUUUUGUGAUAUGUAUCUAUGAUAGUAGAUUUUCUUCUCUUGAAUUCUUUGAGAAUACCCUGUUAUUUCAUGUGGGGGGCACUGUCUCGUUUCUCCCUACUGAGAAACUAUGUUAUAACCGUUUGGGAAUUUCUUGUACAGCAGUAUGUAGGAAUAAUCCUACUAUUUUGAA